AUGCCCGAACCCGACAAACACGCUGCCGCGCAACAGGCUGUAGAUAUUCUCCAUGAGAUAUCUACAAUUUUAAACUGCCAUCUUGAUCGCCGUACUCUGUCUAUCUGCAUCUCUAUGAUCGAGCGCGGUGUGAACCCAGAGGCUUUGGCGCAAGUUAUCAAGGAACUUAGACAAGAGGGACAGCGAAUGGAACCGCCUGCCGCUGCUGCGAGAAGACGUUGA